AAAUGAUUUGCUGCAUCGUUAAAGAGUGCCGGUGGAGAGCCGACAGCGUUUUAUCAUUGGGUCGACACUUACGGAUUGUACACGAGCCGCUCCAGAUAUACGAGUGCAAUUAUGAUAACUGUAUGAGGAGAUAUAAUUUUCGAUGUUCUUUUUUAAGGCAUGUAAGAACACAUUUGAGGCAAAAUGAGAAUCCAGAUAUAUCGAUCGAAAAUCGUAUUUUACAUCAUUGUCAGUCUGAAGAAAAUCAAGUAGAACAUGUAGAAGACAUUUCAUCAGCACCAUUGCCCAAUGAAUUACAUGUUGAUGAUCUACAAUCAGCAGAAAUUGCGCGGUUAUCGGCCAAAUUUGAAAAGCUCAAUACUUCAUUUAAUUUGAAAUGGUUGGACCAAGAUAACGUUGCUCGUAAAUUUGUAUUCGAAAUACAAAGGGAUUUUAAAUCAGCUGUAAUUAAUCCGAUUCAAGAAAUAGUAGGCAUUAUGAGCGAUGCCGGAUCAAUUUCGCCCUCAGCUAAACACACGUUGACAACAAUGAUGGAUUCAUUAAGCCAAUCUGAGACAGAAUAUAAAUUUAAAAAAAAGUUAAAAGAAAUGAAAUUGUAUGAGGAUCCUAUAAUUUUUACGAUAAGCAGUGAGCUACGACCAGGAGUUUCGAGUUACUUUGCGGAUAUGGUGAUAGAUGACGUCAAGGGAUUUCUCAUGCCACUACAUUUUGAUAUUAAAUGCUAUCUCGAAAGUAAACAAGUUUUAUCUACUAUCCUGUCGAAUUUAAAACCAUCUACAGAUGGAAUGCUUAGAUCACCGAUCGAUGGGAGUUUAUGGAGAAGUAAAACAUGUGACCAACCUGAUAAGCUUAUAAUUCCUAUUAAUUUGUUUUUUGAUGAUUUUACAACAAGCGAUACAAUUUCACCACACUCAAGCAGUACCAAAAUUUGUGGCAUUUACUAUUAUAUUCCAUGUUUACCACCAUACGUGUUAUCUAAGCUAAAUAACAUUCUAGUAGCAGGCUACUUCAUGGCUCAGGAUAGAAAGAGAUUUAAUAACGAGGAGUUAUUACACAAGUUGAUUGACGUCUUCAUUAGUCUUGAAGAGACUGGUAUCAAUGUGAGUCAUGAAGGAAUCGAUAAGCAGAUUUAUUUUAUGAUAAGUUUUAUAACUGGAGACAACUUAGCACUUAGUGAAGUAUUAGAUUUAGUCGAAUCACCGGCUGCAAACUUCUAUUGUCGUUUUUGUAAAAGAAACAAACAACAACGUGAGAAUGAUACUAUUGAGCACGAGGAAUUUCUAAGAACCGAAAAAAGCUAUGAAGAAGAUUUGAGUAGCGGAGAUGUUUCAUUGACGGGAAUCAAAAGAGAAAGUGCAUUCAACAGAAUACCAUCUUUUGCUGCUAUUUCUAACGCUUAUUUUGAUGUAAUGCACGACUUAGUGGAAGGAGUAUGCCUGUACGGGCUUUCACAUUGUUUAAAGUUUUUUAUCCUCUCUAAAAAGUAUUUUACUCUUGACGAUCUCAAUUGCAGAAAAAAUUUAUUUGUUUUUGGCAACUUACAUUCAGCCAACAUUCCUAACGAUAUAAAAGAUGUAAAUUUGGUUAAACAGAAAAUUAAAAUGACAGCUUCGGAAAUAAUAACAAUAACCAGAUUUUUACCAUUGAUAAUUGGUAAACUCGUUCCACAAAAUGAUCCCGUCUGGAAUUAUUUUUGUAAUUUAAUUAAAAUAUUUGACUUGUUAAUGCAAAGCGAUAUUUCCUUAGUAAUGUUAGAUCAUCUAAAACAAAUUAUAAAAAUACAUCAUGAGCAAUAUAUAACUUUAUUCAAGGAUAAACUUAAACCCAAACAUCAUAACUUGGUGCACUACGCAACAGCUAUAAAAAUGUCUGGUUCGUUGAAAAGACAAUGGGCUAUGCGUUGCGAAGCAAAACAUAAGCAAGCAAAACAAUACUGCCGUGUUAACAGCAACAAAAAAAGCUUGUGUACAUCUUUAAUUACUAAAAUUUCCUAUAAAUUCGCGAAUUCGUUGCUAAAUAAUAAUUUUAUAACUCCAUAUUUUGAUAUUGAUGCAAGUCACGUACAAAAUACGCAAAUGUUAUCAACUCACGUAGAUCUUUUAGAAGCGUCAGGAUGGAAUAAUUCUUCUUUCAAAUAUGUUUCUGAAUUUCAAAAGCAAGGAUCAAUUUACUCAAAUGGUUCAAUAUUUUAUGUGCAAAAACAAAUGAUUAUUAAUAUUUAUGAAAUUGAAGCAAUUAUUUUGACGAACACAGAAGAGCUGCUAUUGAUCUGUAAUAGGUUCGAAUCGAAACAAUUUGAUAACCACCUGCAAUCUUAUGAAUUAGAAAAAAGGAAUGAAUCUUGCGUAAUUAGCGAUUUGAAAAAACACGAAACAAAACUAAUAAAUAUUCACAGUUUGGAUUCUAAAAUGUAUUUGCGAAUGUGCAAUUUCAUUGUAAUUGGCACAUAGGAUAAAUAUUUUGUAUAUUAUAUUAUAAAUUUUUAUAAAAUUAUAAAAUUUUGUAAAAACUAAA